CCACUUUUGCCGGGCAGCACAGCACAGUUCUCGUCUGUUGUUGGCCCUGGGAGCGUGAAGGGUUGGUUGACUUUAUUGGUGCCACCGCGUCGCUCAGCAGAACAGAGUGGCGCGGUUUCAGAAGAUUUCCUCCUAGUAACUCAACUCUUUCGUCCAGUACCCCAGACAGAUGCUGGGAGCUAUCCAUGCUGACGGGACCAGAUAUGCAUUCGUGUCGUCCUUCAUUGCAUCCUUUUUUCUAAGCCACCACCACACCACAAUCUCCACGACGUCAAACACGUGGUAGUAUUUACUUCCCCCCAAAGGACAUCGCACUGCAGUCAUCUCCCCCUGCUAGCUCAUCCUUCCCUCCUCACCGCUGGCCACCCGCCGUCUCUCCUUCUCCCUCUUCAACCCCAACAUCCUUCCGAACUUUCUCAUUCAACAUGGCUCCAGUUGCAACAGACACGAACAAGCCCAAUGGCAGCGGAGAUGUCCGCAACAACGAAGGGAUUGCCAACUACACCAAGUUCUGGCAGAAGGACAGCAAGAACGAUAGCGAAGUUGACACUCAGAACAGGCUGACCGAGUACACGAGCGUGGUCAAUGGCUACUACGAUGGCGCCACCGACCUGUACGAGUACGGCUGGGGCCAGAACUUUCACUUUGCGCGCUACUACCCGGGCGAGGCCUUCUACCAGGCCAUCGCACGCCACGAACACUACCUGGCGCACACCAUGGGUCUUAAGCGUGGCAUGCGCGUUCUCGAUGUCGGAUGCGGCGUCGGCGGGCCGGCGCGCGAGAUCGCCCGUUUUGCAGGCGUCAACAUUGUCGGCAUCAACAACAACGAAUACCAGGUCCUGCGUGCGCGCAAGUACACCAAGAAGGCUGGCCUCGAGGGGCAGUGCGAAUUCGUCAAGGGCGACUUUAUGAAGCUCGCAGAGCAGUUUGGCGAGAACAGCUUUGAUGCAGUGUACGCGAUCGAGGCGACGUGCCACGCGCCUACCUGGGAAGGUGUCUAUGGUGAAAUCCUGAAGGUGCUCAAGCCUGGUGGAAGACUUGGCCUCUACGAAUGGUGCAUGACUGACAAGUGGGACGCCUCUGUGCCAGAACACAAGCGCAUCGCGCAUGGUAUUGAGCUUGGCGAUGGCAUCGCAGAGAUGCGCUCGAUCAAGCAGGCGCGGUCCGCGCUUAACAGCGUUGGCUUCAAGAUUGAAGAGGAGCAAGAUCUCGCCGACAUGGGCGAUGCCAUCGCAUGGUACUACCCGCUUGAGGGCGACCUGCGCAAAUGCCAGACCCUGUGGGACCUCUUCCAAUGCUGGCGCAUGACCAAACUUGGAACCUUCACCACGCAGACCGCCGUGCGCGUGCUUGAGCUCGCCCGCCUCGCACCCAAGGGCACGUACGAUGUUGGAGAGAGCCUCAAGGUCGCCGCGGAGGCGCUUGUCGCUGGUGGCAGGGCUGGGCUCUUCACGCCAAUGAUGCACUUUGUUGCUCAGAAGCCAAGCCAGUCGUAAAAAAGCAGGUCUCUGAUGGGGACAACUGGUGCAAGUUCUGAGCCCUCUGCCGACUCUUAAAGCUCUUGCAGCUGGGCCAGUGACGCUUCGAGCAGAAUUAUUUUUGCCUCCUGGUGCUUCUAGUCUUUCGUAGCGGCGGAGGCGCAAUCAGAUUGUUGGGAUGUAAUAUGCAUUUUUCCUCUUUUAAUUUGGCGAUCGCAUUGCAUUGCAACCU